AUGAACUCAUUGUUCAAUUCUGCCCUCAAGCAGUCAUCUGCUAUUCGCCGUGACCUAGACACAUUCGCACAAUCUCCUGCGACGACACCUGCAGCAUUACAAGGCCAGGUCGCAGCGUCAUUAGCGUCUCUAUCACGAACGAUUGACGACUAUUCAGCAUUGUCGAAGCGGGAAUUGAUACCGGAGAAACAAGAGAAGGCAUUUGAGCGAGUGAAGAAUUUCAGGGCAGAGCUACAAGAUUACCGUCAACAUUUCGAUCAAUUACGCAAGGAGAGAGAGGAUGCCCAAUCCGUAACAAACCGCCACGAGCUUCUUGGUCGCCGCCCGCAUCACACAGCCACUCCAGAGAACCCAUAUGCCCAAUCCUCACUACCCCAAGCUUCGCCCUUUGCGCCUUCAUCAUCACGAUCGGGUACUGGUUUUGGGGGGUCAGACUAUACCCGAGAAUCUCAUGCGCUGAGGGAGCAGUCCUUCCUGUCAAAUACAAGCUCUCAGAUUGACGAUUUCCUUGACCGAGGCCGUGCGGUACUGGUUGAUCUUGGUCAGCAGCGAGAAGUACUCAAGGGCACGCAGCGCCGUCUCUACAGCGUCGCGAAUACUUUGGGAGCGCCAGAUACCAUGUUCGCUGCUCGCCAGUCUUUCGGUUUCCUCCAGAAGCGUGCCUUCUCGGCCUCUGCUAGCCAGGCCUCCAAGGUCGCCGUUCUCGGUGCCGGUGGUGGUAUCGGCCAGCCUCUGUCCCUUCUCCUCAAGCUCAACCCCCGUGUCACCGAGCUUGCUCUCUACGAUAUCCGCGGUGGACCUGGUGUCGCUGCUGACAUUAGCCACAUCAACACCAACAGCUCCGUCAAGGGCUACGAGCCUACCGAGAGCGGUCUUGCCGAUGCUCUCAAGGGCUCCGAGAUCGUCCUCAUCCCUGCCGGUGUUCCCCGUAAGCCCGGCAUGACCCGUGACGACCUCUUCAACACCAACGCCUCCAUCGUCCGCGACCUCGCUAAGGCCGCUGCCAAGGCUUCCCCCGAGGCUAACAUCCUCGUCAUCUCCAACCCUGUCAACUCCACCGUCCCCAUCGUCUCUGAGGUCUUCAAGGCCGCUGGUGUCUACAACCCCAAGCGCCUCUUCGGUGUCACCACCCUUGACGUCGUCCGUGCUUCCCGCUUCAUCUCCCAGGUCCAGGGCACCGACCCCUCCAAGGAGGCUGUUCCCGUCGUUGGUGGUCACUCUGGUGUCACCAUCGUUCCCCUGCUCUCUCAGUCCAACCACCCCAGCAUUGAGGGCAAGACCCGUGACGAGCUCGUCAACCGCAUCCAGUUCGGUGGUGAUGAGGUUGUCAAGGCCAAGGACGGCGCUGGUUCCGCCACUCUCUCCAUGGCCAUGGCCGGUGCUCGCUUCGCCGAGUCCCUCCUCCGCGCCGCCCAGGGCGAGAAGGGUGUCGUUGAGCCCACCUUCGUUGAGAGCCCUCUCUACAAGGACCAGGGUGUCAACUUCUUCGCCUCCAAGGUCGAGCUCGGCCCCAACGGUGUUGAGAAGAUCAACCCCGUCGGCCAGGUCAACGAGUACGAGCAGAAGCUCCUCGACGCCUGCCUCGGUGACCUCAAGAAGAACAUCCAGAAGGGUAUUGACUUCGUCAAGGCCAACCCUUAA